GCGGCCACCGGAGCAGCUCCCGCGGCGGAGCAGGAGCCGGAUGGUCAGAGGAGCCCGGCAGCCCCAGCAGCCGCGGAGUCGCCUGGCCCCCAGACUGACUGGCACAGUGGAGAAACCACCUCGAAAACGGAAAAGCAGAUUGAACCCAUGGCCUUUCACAUGCAAAGCAGGUGCUCUUGUGAUCCUCCUCCUUCAGCCUCCCGAGUUGCUGGGAUUGCAGGAAUCUGAGAGGCUUAGGAGGAGCCAGGAGAAGGGUAGAAGAUGAGUGUUCAGUCCAUUUGGCUGUGUCCAAUAGGGUCUCACUAAAUUACUGAUGCUGGCCUUGAACUUGUGAUCCUCCUGUCUCAGCCUCCCAAGUUGCUUGGAUUACAGGACUGAAUUUGCCCUUAAAGAAAUCAUGUCCUCUGGAGGUGCUGAAGAUGAUAUCCCACAGGGAGAGAGGAAAACAGUCACAGAUUUUUGUUAUCUUCUGGAUAAAUCCAAGCAGCUGUUCAAUGGAUUAAGAGAUUUGCCACAAUAUGGUCAGAAGCAGUGGCAGUCCUAUUUUGGAAGAACUUUUGAUGUUUACACCAAACUCUGGAAGUUCCAGCAGCAGCAUCGACAAGUGUUGGAUAAUCGGUAUGGCUUGAAGCGGUGGCAAAUAGGGGAAAUCGCUUCCAAGAUCGGGCAGCUAUACUACCAUUAUUACUUACGCACAUCUGAGACCAGCUAUCUGAAUGAGGCUUUCUCCUUCUAUUCUGCUAUUAGACAAAGAUCUUAUUAUUCUCAAGUCAAUAAAGAGGACAGACCCGAGUUAGUAGUCAAGAAACUGCGAUACUAUGCAAGAUUCAUAGUAGUUUGUCUUCUUCUCAACAAAAUGGAUGUUGUGAAGGAUCUGGUAAAGGAAUUGUCAGAUGAAAUUGAGGAUUAUACUCACAGGUUUAAUACUGAAGAUCAAGUGGAAUGGAACUUGGUGCUUCAAGAAGUGGCAGCUUUCAUUGAGGCGGAUCCUGUAAUGGUGUUAAAUGACGAUAAUACCAUUGUUAUCACAUCUAAUCGCCUUGCUGAAACGGGAGCCCCAUUGCUGGAGCAGGGCAUGAUUGUGGGACAGUUGUCUCUGGCUGAUGCACUUAUUAUUGGUAAUUGUAAUAAUCAGGUUAAGUUCAGCGAACUAACUGUUGACAUGUUUCGGAUGUUACAAGCCCUGGAGAGAGAGCCGAUGAAUUUAGCUUCCCAGAUGAAUAAACCAGGAAUGCAGGAAUCAGCUGACAAACCUACCAGACGAGAAAACCCCCACAAGUAUCUGCUCUACAAACCAACCUUCAGUCAGCUGUACACAUUCUUAGCAGCAUCUUUUAAGGAGCUGCCUGCCAAUAGUGUGCUUCUAAUUUACCUGUCAGCCACUGGCGUUUUCCCCACAGGUCGUUCUGAUAGUGAAGGUCCUUAUGAUUUUGGAGGUGUACUUACUAAUAGUAACCGGGAUAUUAUAAAUGGAGAUGCUAUCCACAAACGAAAUCAGUCCCACAAGGAAAUGCACUGCCUUCAUCCUGGAGAUCUCUACCCGUUCACAAGGAAGCCCCUGUUUAUCAUCGUGGACUCUUCCAACAGUGUCGCCUACAAGAAUUUCACAAACUUGUUUGGACAGCCACUAGUCUGCUUGCUUUCUCCUACGGCAUACCCAAAAGCUUUACAAGAUCAAUCUCAACGAGGUAGCCUCUUCACUCUCUUUUUGAACAAUCCUCUCAUGGCCUUCCUAUUUGUCUCUGGAUUGUCAAGCAUGCGUAGAGGCCUAUGGGAAAAGUGUCAAGAAUAUCUUCGAAAAAUCAACCGUGAUAUUGCCCAGCUACUGACCCAUUCACGUUCAAUAGAUCAGGCAUUUCUGCAGUUUUUUGGAGAUGAAUUUCUUCGUUUACUUCUCACAAGAUUUAUCUUUUGUUCAGCCACCAUGAGGAUGCACAAGAUUUUUCGGGAAACACGAAAUUAUCCAGAAUCAUAUCCACAACUGCCAAGAGAUGAAACAGUGGAGAAUCCUCAUCUCCAGAAGCACAUUUUGGAAUUAGCAUCCAUUCUGGAUGUUCGAAAUGUCUUCUUUGAAAAUACCAUAGAUGACUAUUAAAACCAUCUUGUUGAAACAAUUUUUCAUUUUCCACAGAUUUUAAAUGGUGCAGUUUUCUAAUGUGAUGACAGACACAUAGUGUGUUACUUAGUUUUUAUUUUUUAAUUUAGGACCACCAUUUUAAAAGCAAACAAAAAUAAAAUGUUCAGACUUUUAGGGUAACUGUUUUAAAAUGCAAUCUUUCAAGUCUUUUAGAAAAUCAAUUAAUCUUGUAAUUUUUAUGUUUUGGUUUUGAUGUAUGGAUACUUACUCAAAUAGUCACUGUUCUCACUCUGAGAAGAGUAAAUCAUUUAUUUUUGUAUAAUGAGAAAAAUCCAACUCCUGUACCUGGACCUUAAAUGUCCAGAUUUAAAAAACAUAUAAUUAUUCAUAAUGAUGAAACUGGCCAGCAUGGACUACUAAAAAUCAAGAUAAGAGUCCUUCCAUAAUAUUUCUUUUCAUUCCAAGUUAAUAGGUGGAAAAAUAUAUGAUUUUUUGAAGCAUGAUUAAGACAGUUCUUGAAAUCAUUGAAUUCUUUUAAAUAGUGUCAAAUUUUCAGAAAUGGUAGAGGAUUGAUUUUCCUCUGAAAGCUGCGUCUUUGACUUGAGAUAAUAUUACUUGGAAUAUCUGAGUACUGUGUUGUUAAGAGAUUUUUUUUUUUUUUUUACAUAUUUUGAUUUCUUUGUAGUCUUUGAAUGCUGGAAAUGAAAGGGAAAACAGCUUUUAAACAUUUCAGUCAAAAAAUCAGGUUGUUCAUUUCAUAAUACAAGUCUCCAGUUGGAAUUGUAUUUAAAUACUUAGUUCAUGAGCUCAUGUUUAAAAACUGAGGGCUGUGGUUGUGGCUCAGUGACAGUUUCUAAUUUCUUUGUAUAGUUCAAAUGUAUGAAACUUCAAAGUCAGAGAUACUAUUAUUUUUAGUGGGGUAACUGGUUGUUUAUGAAAAUUAAACUAUAAAUUGAUUUUUGCAUUGAAAUUUUGGAAAUAAGAUUUGUUUAAACUCCUUGUAUUUAGUUACAUUAUAUUCAUGCAAAUGUUUUAUUCUUAUUUUAAAUGGGACUCAACGUAUAAUGUAAAAUUUUUGUGUUUUCAUUCCUUUCAUCCCCUCAUAAUUUCACCAGCACUAGCUGUGAAGGUUUUUUUCUCUUCCUUUGAUUAUGCAGUAUUUAUAUUAAGAAAUCUGUAAAUCAAAAGACCUUCUUCCUAAUUCUCUGUAAGGUUUCACAGUCUACCUCUGGCUGUCCCAGGGGAAAUUAGUGAUUGCUUUUCAUACCUUUUUCCUAUGUCCAUAGGGAAGUUUUACUGUAAUAUUUUUAACUUGGUUUUCAUUUUUGGCCAAUAAUUUUGGGCCUAAAUUUCCCCAUACCUGCUCCACUUUGCUGAUUUUUCCAUGUGAAGUCUUAAUGUGAUUGUUCUUCGGUUUAGGGACUUCAGGGUGCUUUGUUUACCUUUUUGUUCUUUCAAGCAGUAUUUCAGAAUGCUUGGGUAAAGUUAUCUUAGAAUGUGAUUUCUUUGGCUGGUGUGUUGUUUUUCAUUUUCAGGUAGACCGAUUUCCUUUUAUUCCUGUACCUUAAUAUAUGUCAUAGAAUUCCUUUCAUAAGUGUUUACCUGAACCAUAGCAGUAGACUGUCAUGAGUUGACUGGCCUCUUGUUCCAAAUCCCCUGAACUUCUAUACCACUUAUAUUUCUACCAACACACAUUUUCCUGAUUCUCUAGUGUUUAAAAUAAUUUUCAUUGUCCUGAGCCCUAUCCUCACCAGCUAAGUAUAAGGAAUACUGGUCUGAGAACCAGGAGAUCUUAGUUCUGAUCCUAACUUUCCCAUAACUGGCAUUAUGCCCUUUGACAAAUGUGUUCAUGUCUCUUCCUUUUACCAAUCUCCCCCAUACAAUGGAGGGGGUGACCCAAGGUCCUUUGCAGCUCCGUGACUCUACCAUUUGGAUUCUUGGUUCCAAAAAUAUUGAUUUCCCUACCCUCACUACCAGGGAAAAAUGCUUUGUUUUUAGCACACACAGCAUUCUUUUCUAGAUCAUAUUUAUUGAAACUCUGUUCAAGAAAAAACCUGGAUUCCAGUUAGCUAUUUUAGAGACCAGUUUGGAGAGAGACUGUCUUGAAGAAAGUAGCUGUCAUGAUUAGAAACCUGUCCACCUUAGGAAGCACAACAGGGAUUUAGAUAAUGACAUGGCCCUUUAAGCUAAUAGUAAUGUAAUUCCUUACUGGUAGGCAGAAAUCUAAAUUGGUAUGAAGGGAUCUUGAAUCUUUAAGGAGAGCAAAACUGCCAUAGAAAAUUCUAAGCUAUUGUUUCAUUCAUGCCUUCAUGAAAAUUGUAUAUUAUGCAACCAGAUUUAUUAUACAUUCCAGAUUUUCUUCUGGGCCCUGGCGAAACAAUAUCCUUUUUCUUCAUGACAUUCACAUUCUCAGAGAAGUCAGGCAAUAAACCUAAGUAAAAUUUAUGUUAGCAAGUGAUAAGUAGGAUGAAGAAAAUUUAUAUCAUGGGAAGGGAAAUCUUUUGUUUGUUUAUUGAGAGAAUAUCUGUGUUUAAAAGAGAGACUAGGGUAAGCAUCAUUUGAGAAUGGGGCGUCUGUACAAACACUUCAUAUUCUGUCUUUACUUUUUAUUAUGGAAGUUUUAUACAAGUGAUUAAUGAUUCCUUCUUGUGCCCUCUGCCUGGCCUCUAAGUUUUAAAGCAUUAAUCAAGGAAGAAGAAAUGUAGAAGGACAAUCACCUAAUGGGCUCAGUGUGACCAUGCCAGUGAAUUUUAUGUUUUAAUUGCUUCCCACCUAUCUUUAUAAAAAUCUUAAGCCCUAUUUAUUUAAUUGUAGAAGUCAUAAAAAUGUAAAUAUUGGAACCAACAGCAGAGCAAAGCAAUGGGAAACAGCUUCCUUUCAAAUUGCACAAACUCCCUGGCGAUUCUGAUACAGUCUCUAGUCUCUCUUAAAAAUGAUCUUAACAAAUUAGCAUAAAAUUGCAAGCAGUCCAGUUAUAAACAAAACAAAAUGAAGCAUAAUGAAAUUUUCUCUUUAUCUGAUUUUUUCCCCUUAACCCAGGGGUGCUUUUACCACUGAGCUAUAUUCCCAGUCCUUUUUGUUUGUUGGUUUUUUAUUUGUUUUUUAUUUGAGACAGGGUCUCCCUAAGUUACUUAGGACCUCACUAAGUUGCUGAAGCUGGCCUUGAACUUGUGAUCCUCCUGUCCCAGCCUCCCAAGCCCUGGGAUUACAAGCAUAUGCCAACCACACCCAGCUUCUUUAUCUGUAUAUUAUUUCUCAAGUUGGUAAAGCAACCAUCUUCCCUGUUUUAUGGAAAAGAAAGCUGAAAUCCAAAAAGCUUAUCUGAUUAUUCAUAAUGAUAGAACUAGAGUUCUCCUAGUCUCAGCCCAUCUUCCCAAUAGCUCAGACUCUUUUCUAUAAUGAACAAGAAAGUAGUUAUUAGAGAUUUAUAUUUUGACACAAAGGGUUUUGGUACUUUUUUAAAAAAAAACUGUAUCAGACUUGAAACCAGUGAGUUAGUCAGUCCAAACAAAUUUUUGUUUAUUAUAAAAAUCAGCUAUUUUAUCUUUGAUUUCAUCCAGGAUGUCCUAUUUGUAUGUUUGUGUUUUCCUCCCUAGAAAGUGGUGCUCUCAAAAUCUCUCAAAGCACAGAAUUCUUUGUGUCCUUUAUAUUUUUACCAAGCUAAACCAUUUUGAGAGUUUAGAAACAAAGUGCAAUCCAAUUCUGAUAUAGGAUCUGAUCCACCCUUCAUUUGUGGCUAUUGCCAUUCAUUUUCUUUGUGCAAUAGAAUUCCCUGACACAAAUUACUUGGUAAUUGUGCUCAAUUUAAUUAAAGUAAAGGGAAAAGUGACAAAUCAAAUUUGUACAUCAAUUAUGGAGCUUUAUAUUCUUCUCCUAGUUUAAUCUCUGACCUUUGUGAUUUAAUAAUUUUAUGUCUCUGAGGAGUGGUUGGGAUCCAGUUCAAAAAAAUCUUGUACUCAGUUAUCCAUGGAGACUUGUAAUCAGCCUAAUCUCCAGAGAACAUUCUGGACUGGAAAUAUAGUAAGGUGCCAAGGUCUGCAAACUUGGCCACUGACAGUAAUUCAGAAUCACCCACCCACCCCAUGUGAGUAAAAUACUUGAUAUGAAUAUGAAUGCUUUAGGUCUCCUGGUGAUGUUUUCGGUGUUAUGUUCUUGUGUGUUUAUCUGGAAAAUAUAGAGUAUUUACGUUGAGGGCUCUAUUUUGACUUAUUUAUUUGAAAUUCUUAUUUUUUAUGGCAUGUGUAUAUUUUUGUGAUGCUAAAUGCAAUCCCUGUGUAUACUUUUUGUACAUACAUGUACAUAUCUGUAAAUAUAUUGGUAUGCAAUUAUGUAGUAUGUGUAUAUUAUACACCCAUACCCAUUGUGGGCUGAAUUUAUUUAAGUUCUGUGAGGACAUCCUAGUGGCAUUGUUCGUGCUGCUGUAAUUAGGUUGUGGCUGGAUCUCAUUCACAAGCCUCUAUUUUGAGGGGCUUGUGUUGGGAUAAAAUGAGCUCAUUUAGAGUUGAAAUUAGGAUAUGAAGAUCUUAACAGAAAGCUGGACAUGCUUAGCUUUAAAAUAAUCUGUAAACUUCCACUUAAGUGGAUGAUAAAUUAAUGAUAUGACCCUAAAAAACAUACAUAUGUGAACUGCAACACCAGCAGGUUCCUAAGUUGUAUUACUCUUUUAUUUGCUUGACCAUAUUUAUCAUUACUGAAUAAUAAACUGUUAUGUUGGGAAUUCAUGUAGGGGCUAUGGAAAAAAUUUUACUUUGUCACUUUUUUAAAUAGGUAAGAAAUUGCCCUUUAAGUGAGGGAAAUAUGUUCCUAUUUGUCAUUUCAAUACCUGACACUAAAUUUUAAAUUUAUAUUGUUUUCAUUAAUAUGCCUCGUUCUAUAUGUCUCUGUGAGGCAAAAAGUGGGGGGCAUUAGCUAAGGAAGGCCUAACCUAGGUGGGUAAGAGUUCAUGAGGAACAGGAGGCUGUUAAUCUGUAUAUUUGCAGCAGCUAUGAUUACUUUAGUCAUGUCUUGGCAUUUCUGACUAUAGAUUUUUCUUAUUGGAAUUGCAUUUCAAAGAUGAGUAUGGUCAUCUGAGAAAAUGCUCCCAAUGAAUAGAAUGCCUCCAGAUGUAUGGCUGAGUCUCCAUGAGACCACUUGUGUUCUGCAAUCUGACCAUAUAUUCACACAUGAAGUAGAUCUCUUAAAAUUAGGUGCAUAGUAUGAUAUAAAAACUUGGGCCUUCAAGCCUCUACCAAGGAUGAUAAGAUUUGGGCCCAUAAAAUUAUAGAAAAUAAAUGAAGUGCCAAUUUGUGAAUCUAUGGGCUAUUGCAAAGGGUCAAUGUUGGCUUACUCCUGUCUUCAUUUGAUGUGUUUAUUUGCAUGAAUGAAUGUAAGAGAUGUUUAAUAUACACUUGAAUACAUUCACUGCAGAAAUUAAGUAGAAGUUAUUUUUGCAUGAAAAAAUACAACUGCAAAGCAAUGUUUGACCCCAUUCACAUUAGAUUAAAGUUAGAAAUUAGUUCGGGAGUCAGUUUUACCACCCCAAAGUGUUACAUUUGCCUCCUUAUCUUAUUUUUAAUUAAACAUUCCCUAUUCACAACACUUUUCAAUUAUAGUAUUAAGUUUAAAAUACAAUUAUUAUAGUCUUAAAUAUGAAAACAUAAUGAUGUAUUAUUUCUGAGAAAUCAGUGAAAAUGUCCAUAGACUCUAAUGUUUUGCUGUUUUAGUAACCAAAUAACUUUUUUGCAGUUGGAGAGUAAUAGCAGAGCAAAUAAUACGCUACUUAAAAUUCAUGGAACUGUCUCAGGCUCAAUGUGGACAUUAAUUUAAGAACAAUGGCAAUUAAAAAAAAAAGUGCUGUAGGUAAAACUGAAAUUGCAGAUAGCACCUCUGACCCCACAGUUAUAAAGCCAGUAACUUUUCAGUUGAGUAAGACAGAGUUGCCAAGAAACCCAGGCCCUUUCCACAUUCUUCUACACUUGUACACGUCGACACUCCGUACAUACAGUGGGUACCCCUUAACUUUAAAAACAAUCACAAAGUAAAAAGCGAUUCACUUUUCUCAAACUAGAAUUUCAAGAUGUAAUAUUAUACUAUGUCCUAGCUUUACUGAGUUUUGUACACAAAGACUUAUUUAAACAGCCUUCUAUUCUAUUUAAGGGAAAAUAAUUGAUGUGUGAAUACAAUUGACAGGAAGGGCAUCAGGAUGAUACAGGAGAUAUGUGUUUGAUCAGGUAAAGAUAAAUGUAUCAAAUUAAAUAUAACUAAUUUGUUGGUGCCACAGAAAUAUUUUCUUUGGAAUUCUGUAAAUAUGAAAUAUUUUCUAAAGCUAAAGUUAAUAUUUUCCCCUUUUUGGUUUGUUAUAGGGAGCCGCUUCAGAAAACACUCUUAAGUCUGAAUUCAAAUCAAUAAGAGCUUAGCUUUAUUCACCUGGCCAGGGACUGUCACCCACCUAUAGAGAUGAUGCUCUGUGGGAGAACAGCUCUUGUAACAGGUUUUUUUAAUAGAAGGCAGCAAAAUGGAGUCUUAUGUCUAUCUAUGACUGUUCUUGCUUUAUAAUUGUCUUACCUCAUUUAUCAAAAUCCUAUAUCUCUAAUCUAUAUUUUUUACUAAUCUAUAACCUAUAAUUUAUAUUCUUAUUAAUUGCAUUCAUCAGUUCACACCACAACAUUCCCCACUGGUUUUAUGGGACUAAAUCAAAUCAUUGAUAUUCUAAGUUUCAGUUUUAACUAAGUUUACCAAGUCAUAAUGAUAUUUUUUUAAAGACCAGCAGUUUAAUCUUUAGAAUCGGGCUUCCUGUCUUUUUAGAGGUGUGUGCAGCGUGCAUGUCUGAAAGUGAAACAGAACAGAAAGUAAAAAUAUUGUUUAUUGUCAGGUGUCUUCAGGUGGAUUUUUUGUCCGAGUUGUUUCAUGGCAGUUGGAGUGGUCAAGGUAACUGGAAAGGGUCUGUGCCAGCAAGGCUCUAAGGUAGAUGGAUGAUGGCUCCCGGCUGGAACGGCUGAGUGAGGGUCUCUCUUGGAACUGGCUGCCGGCCUGCCUUUGUUAAAGCCUGAGUCUUUUGGGACGCUUGCUGGAGAGCCUGUAAGGACUUAAGAAGUGAGGGGUUACUUAUUUUAGUUAGUUUUUUAUCUGGGAACCAGCAGGGGUGGUCUUUUAAAUAUUAUAAACCUUUUAUAUAAGGGGUGUAUAAAAGGAAGGAAGUUGACCCAGUCUUUGUUAGGCUCCACCUUUAAGGGUCUUUUUUAGAAUUUAAUUUAUCUUUUUUAUUUUUCCUAAGCUCUAAAGUCAAUAUAUAAUAUAAGUCCCAUUUAAUUUUAAAGACUUUAGAUAAAUUUUGAGUUAUCUUAGCUAUGAAAGCUGGUACCACAGAAAUAUUGGACCAUAUUGGACCCCAUGGCUAUUGGGAGGCCAAACCGGGCAACUAUCUCCUUAAGUGUCCACAUAUAUCAGUAAAUAUUUAUAACCAUACUGUCUAGGUUUUUCUUCAGUGAAGUUUAUUUUUCAUCUUUUUCCUGGUGUUUCUCUUUGUAGUCUGGUUCCUGUAAAUUGGCUUACCUUUGGGUUAGGAUUUACUUGAGCCUGGCACCUGGAAGAAACUUAUCUUGUUAAUUGAGUUAACUUAGGGAUAUAAAAGUUUUUUUGUAACAAUUUAGUUACCUAUGUGUGUUUCUUGAUAUAAUUGUUCAAUUAAUAGUUUUUCCAAUGUCUCUGGAAUCAAGAUCUUUUUGUCCAGUAGAAUCUUCCAUCCAUUUUGGUCCUCGUCACUCUUUUAAGGUUUUUCCUAGGAUUUUUUUUUCCCCGUAUACAUGGGGGAAGUAGGUAACAAAUGGUUAGGCAGCAGCACAGGCAAAAUCCAUAAAGUCCCCAUUGGUUUUAAAGCCAUCUGUUUAGUUGUUUUGUCGGCAAAGGAGUUCCUUUUUGUCUCUGUUGUCUCUGUUCUGGUGGCCUCUGCAAUGUAUGAUAGCCACUUUUUCUGGUAACCAGAGGGCAUUUAGCAAAGCUAGUAUCUCCUUCAGCAUUUUUGAUAUCUUUCUUUCCUGAAGUUAGUAGCCUUCUCUUUUUAUAGAGAGCUCCAUGUACGUGAACAGUAGCAAAACCAUAUCUUCUGUCAGUAUAGACGUUAACGGUCUUUCCUUUGCCGGGUCUGAGAACUUGGGUAAGUGCAAUUACUUCUGUUUUUUUGGGCAGAAGUUUUAUGUCCCAGAGGUUGAGCCCAGAUAAUUUCAUUUAAAGUAAUUAUAGUUGCCCCCCACACCUGAUUUAAUUUUGGAUGUAGCUGCUGCCAUCAGAGUAGAGUCUCUUAUCUGGGUGUGGCCAAGGUGUGUCUAUCAGGUCCGGCCAGACAUUCUGGAGUGACUCCCAAGAUUUCCUGCAGUUGUGCAGCGGCUCAGAGGGACCAUCGUCAGGAAGCUGAGGUUUUUAGGAAUUUUAUUCUGGGCUAGUCUAGAAGAAGGGCCUGGUAUUGGGUGACACAAGCAUUGGAGAGCCAGCGCUCUGGGGGGCUCCAGAGUAAGGUCUCCACAGCAUGUGGGGCUAUCACCUGUAAAUCUUGCCCCAGUGUAAGCUUAUCUCCUUCCUUAACCCGGAUUGCUAUGGCAGCGAUGUCUCAGAGGCAGUUUGGCCAUCCAGCCGCAACAUAGUCUAGUCCUUUGGAUAGGUAUGCCACUGAACGUUUCGGUGGCCCCAAAGUCUGAGUAAAAACCCCUUUUGUUUUCCCCUGACUUCAUGUACAAACAGUUGGAAUGGUUUUAGAACAUCUGGGAGGGCCAAUGCAGGUGCAGAGACUAGGGCUUGCUUCAGUUUGUCAAAUGCCUCUUGUUCUUUCUCAGUCCGAGUCAGAGAGUCCUCUUUUCUUCAUGUACUAACAUACAGGGGCUGAGCUGGUUUGGCAAUACCCAGUGGCCCCGAGGAGCUCUCGCAUCUGACACUUAGUCUUAGGGCGAGGAAUCUGCAUGAUUGCUUUAAUUCUGCCUGUGACAGAGUCCUUUUUCUAGGUUGUAGCCCAAGUAGGCGGCUGUUGAGGAGCAUAAUUGGGCCUUUUUUGUUGACACCUGUUACCCCAAGGUUUUUAAGGUUUUUAACAAGUCUCUAGUGGCCUGUUCACAUUUAGUUAUAGUUUUUGGUGGUUAUCAGGAAAUCAUCUACAUAUUGUAAAAGUACAGUCUCAGGGUAUUGCUGCCUGUAAGCCACAAGGUCCUAGCUUAGAGCCUCAUCAAAUAGAGUUAUAGCAUUUUUGUUUUUAAAUACAUGACAACAGUGGAAUGCAUUAUACUCAUUAUUACCCAAGUACAGCACAAUUUUUCAUAACUCUAUAUAAAGUAUGUUCACGCCAAAUUAUGCCGAGUUGGAGAGUUUUGCCACCCCUGUGGCAACUAUGUCCAAGUCAGUUAUCCUGAAAUCUCCCAUCUCAAUCUGACCAUUUAGAAGUAAAAAUUGGUUGGCUUGUCUUACCCAAUGGCAAGCUGAAGAAGGCAUCUUUGAGGUCCAGGACAGUGUAUACUUGCUGAGAAGGAGGCAAUGAACUGAGAAGAGUGUAAGGAUUGGUACCGAGGGAUGAAUGGUUUCCACUCUCAUGUGGACUUUUCUCAGGUCCUGCAUCAGUCGGUAGUCCUUUGUCUCAGGUUUCUGGACAGGCAGCAAUGAUGUGUUCCAGGCUGAUUGGCAGAAGAUGAGGAUAUCAGUUUCUUGCAACAUGUAGAUGUUAAUGGCUAUGCCUUUUUUAGCUUCCAGUCUGAUAGGAUACUGUCGGAUCUGCACAAGGGUGGCAGUGCUGGUGAGCUGAACUAUAAUAGGUGGCUGGUACAUGGCUAGGCCACGAGAAUUGUUUUCUGCCCCUUUUAAAUCUUGUGAGGAGAUCGGAAGGUGGGGUAUGGGUGUCUUCUGCUAACUGCAGGUAUUUUUCCCCAAUGGGACAAGUAUAUGUAAUAGUUUUGGGCCCUUUAAAUGACAGGUUGACUGUGCCUUUUUGGAAAGAAAUGAUGGCUUGCAAUUUUUGCAGAAAGUUUCUGCCCAAUAGUGGAUAGGGGCAUUUUGGCAUUACAAGGAAUGAGUGUGUUAUUGUCCCUUCUUUCAAGUCAGUUCUCAUUAGAAAUUGGCCCUUCAGUUUCUGUUCCUGGGGGCUGUUGUCAUUUAGGGAGUGGAGCCCUUAGGGGUUAUUGUUCAGGAGCUCGAGACCUCGAGACUCUGACAUAGCCAUCACCAAGACUCUUGUCAACCUUUUGGUUUGUUUUUCUUGGGGGGGGGGGGUCUCUACUAUUGCAGACCCUUUGGGCUAUUUCCACCAAUUUUGACAGCAUCUUUCCCUCAAAUUGUUCCUGUCUCUGUAAUUUUCUCCUAAUAUCUGGGGCCGAUUAAGUCACAAAAGCAAUAUUAAUAGCCCUUUUAUUCUCUGGAGCUUCUGGGUCUAUUGGUGCCUGCACAUGACAAGCCUCAAGAAGGCACUCCAGGAAAGCAGCUGGGGGCUCAUCUGGUCCUUGAAUUGUCUUGCUUACCUUUGCCAAAUUGUUGGGUUUUCUAGUGGCUGCUUUGGUCUCUCUUAGUGGAGCCUGGCAUUACUGGUUGGUUACCUCCUCACCUGUCCAAUCGGGGUGAACUGAAAGGAAAAUGAAUUUCUCGUGAGGAUCUUCAGAGAGUUAGCCAUCAACACCGAGAGUAGUUUUUGGCUUUUCUUCUGAUUUUAACAGGGAAAUCACUAGUAGAAAAAGGAAUAUAUAUAUAAUUAUAAUGGGAAGGCUUAAGCAUUGAGGGGGAACUCGGCGCCUGAGGGGCAGAGGGAUCCGGAGAAGGAAGAUCCAGGUCCUUGGAGCUCUUUUGCAGAACCUCUUUUGGGGAGGAAGGUUUUGUUUUUCGUAGCUGUUCCUGAAAACAAAAUCUUAACCAUCUUGGCUCCUCUAAGAAGAUUUCAAUCCAAACCUGUAUACAGGGUAACUGAUAUGGAUGGCCAGGCCGCCCGGAGAUGACUCUAUGAGCUUGAUAGGUGGUGGAGAGGUCAGUGGUCCCUUCUGGGGGCCAUCUGACUUUUAAGGUUGGCCAGUCUAAGUCAAAAUUUUCUGAGAAAGGAAGCAUUACAUGAUGUUACAACAUAUAAUUAGUUGUUCUCUUUGAAAACUCUUUAAAUUUAAAGUUAGACAAAAAAACAUUUAAGGGGUGUACAAAAUGAAUAUGAAGUGGACUGAUUUUGACCUAUAAUGAGACACACAACAGACAAGGCGCUAUAAAAAAACCUAAUUGAUCUGGGGUUUUUAACCCCAGAUGGGCCAGUGAGCAGCUUCUCAACACUGCCCUGGACUGGGAAAUAUGUGCUGCAUCCAGCCUUCCCUGAUGUCCCCAGACUGUGGAUCCACACAAACCAAGUUUCAACUUUCAAGCUUACCUUUCCCAGGAGAACUAUGUCACAGGUGCAAAUCGCGAGUGCUCUCAAUACUCAGUUUGCAGGUUUGGCAGGAGCCAAUGGGGAGGGGACCUCAGAGGCCUUCCCCAGGUUGUCUCCUCAGAGGUCUUCCCCAGGUUGUCUCCAGCUCACUGGGUUCUCCUGGGUGUUUCUUAGUGUUUUCCUAUUUAUGAGAAGAGAAAUAUCUCUUUCACCCCGGACGAGCCCCCAGAAUAUUAUGGUGAGCCGCUUCCGAAAACACUCUUACAUCUGAAUUCAAAUCAGUGAGGGCUUAGCUUUUUCAUCUGGCCAGGGAUGUCACCAACCCAGAGACUGAAGCUCUGUGGGAGAACAGCUUUCAUUUCAGUUUCUCAGAAAUUGCUCUUGUAACAGUUUUUGUUUGUUUGUUUUUUUAUAGAAGGCAGCAAAAUGGAGUCUUAGGCCUAUCUGUGACAGUUCUUGCUUUAUCUCACUUAUCAAAAUCUUAUAUCUAUAAUCUAUAUUUUUUUUACUAAUCUAUAACCUAUAACUUACAUUCUUAUUGAUUGUAUGUAUCAGUUCACACCACAACAGAUUCAGCGUAAUACUGACUUGAGACUUCCAUUUUGAAAUUGUCACUUAAUCACUAAUUGAAGCACCAUUUCUUAAUUCUAAAAUCAUUCUAUUGCUUUCUUUGUGGUUUUAAAAAUUAUUUUAAAAGUAGACUAGGCAGUGUGAUUUUCUGAAACAUUUGAAUGGUAGAUUCAGAGUUUUUUAAUGAAUAUGUAUAUUACAUUACACACUACAGAUUCACUGAGUCAAGUCUAAAUUUGGUCCUAGACAGACUAUAAAGAGGGAGUGUUUUUCCUGUUUUAGUGGACAAUUUCAGUCUAUAUCCUAAGACAAUCAUCUUUUCAGAUAUAAUAUUGUUUAAAAUGAAACAUGGGUAACUUCAGAUUUCAGAUUUUUGCUCUUCUCACAGGCUUAUGGAGUGAACAUUAAUAGGCUGGGUUAUUAUAUCACUUUCCCAGUGAGGGUAGAAACUAUGGUUAGCCUUCUUACAGGUAGGCAGUGAAAGGUAUUUACAUGUUAUAUUUAUCACUAAUAUUAUUUUAUCAUCUGAAACUUGAGAAUGUCCACUUGUCCCUGAUUCAAAAUUGAAGGUUUUUUUGUUUCGUUUUGUUUGGUACUAGGGAUUAAACCCAGGGGCACUUUACCACUGAGCCCUCUUUAUUUUGAGACAGAGUCUUGCUAAGUUGCUGGGGCUGGCCUUAAAUUUUGAUCCUGCCUCAGCCUUCUGAGUCGCUGGCAUUACAGGUAUAAACAUUAUAUCAUAAAUUGAAUCAUAAAUUUUCUUUAAACACCAAAUGAAUAUAAAUAAGCAUUGUAAAAUCUGAAAUGAUUUAUGAUAAUCCCCAAGUAUUUCUUAAUCACAGAAAUAACCACAGUAUUUUUUCAAAAAUUUAUUCCCACCUUCCUGCAUAUGCUAUUGAUUUUUUUUUUCUAAAUUUAACAUACCCAGUGUGAUAUGUUAAAAAUCUGCAGGAAAACUGUGCUUUUAGUGUUGUAGUGCAAUAAGAAUUUUUAUUCCUGUUUCCUGAAGGAUUCUCUUAUUAUAUCAUUAAAGUUACCUUCUAAUAGUUCAGUAAUAUAAUUUAGAACUUGAUUUUCAUGACUUUUUAGUGUCUGGAUGCAUUCCUUUUACCACAUAGACCCUACCACUAGCUUUCCAAUUUUUUAUUUUUAAUAAACCUUGCUAUUCAACUAUCAAAGUGUCUUAUGUUUUUCAGGAUUCUUCCAGUUGAGGUAGUAGAGCUUAGAUAAUAAGAAACACAGAUACAAUGUCCUUACAUUUUCAUAGUAGAGCUUAUUAGUGAAGGAAUUUGUCCAACUGGGGUAUCUUUAUUUGUAUAGCACCAGUAUAAAUAGGACUUGCAUUCAUCAUUAAACCAGAUUAAACAGUUAUAGUUUUUUUAGUUUGCUGUAAAGAAUAUUAUAAUUUCAGGCCACUUAUUUUCUAUGAGCAGUUCCCAUUGUAAAAUUAAGUAUCCUUUUUCUUUAUUCAAAGCAUUACUAAAGGUUAAUUUAACCAAGUAGGAGAACAAGUUUUGUUUUUGUUUUCACAGAAAAUAAUGGUGAACCUAUUGUCUACACUUUGAAUAUUAGGCAGAAAUGCACUUGUUUAAAUCAUAGCAGAAAUUACAUUUGGAGGAUAUACUUAACUUGAUUUUCUAGUGGUGUGAAAUACUUUUUAAAAAAUUGUGCUUGUCUGUAACUGAAAUGUUAUAGAAUUGUAACACUAUAAGGAUUAGAGUUAUAUUAGCUCUCCUCAAGAGAUUGAAGCACAAUAAUUGUCACGUAACAAACUUUAUCCAAGUGCUGCUAAUCUUAUCGUGCAAAUAAUCAAGCUAUUUGGUUGCCUAUCUAGCUAUUCACUGUAGUCCUUAAGAGUUAGUCUUGUUGUUCAUUUGUAUUAAAAUUUGGGUAUUGUAGGUUAAUACUCUAGAACAAAAUCCAUCAACUCAGCUCUGUUAGAGGCAAAUUGUUUGGAUUCAUUAGUUUUUAAUGUGUGUUAUUAGUAGAGUACAUUUUGAAGGGGCUAUUCACCAAUGACUAAGGGGGAAAUUAUAUUGUCAAUAUCAUUUGACUUAAACAUUUGUGGUGUUGUCAAGUCUUGUCUGAUGGUGUUUCUAAAUUGUUUAAGCCAUAUGUUCUCUGUAAACAAGGAUUUUUGUUUUGUUUUGUUCAUUUCCAGCAGCCUUUUUCUGCUUUGUCUGUUACAGUUAAUACUUCAUAGAUUUUAGAAAUUGAGAAGUUCUUAAAGCAUUUGAUUUUCUUGAGUUCACUUUUGGCUCUUGUAUGAUAUGUGAUUUGUCUAAAAGAUAGCAAGCCUUUCACUACUUUACUAAAUGAAUUUCAAGUAAACACUGUGAUUCUGCAGAGCAGAUUCCAUAGGCUUUCCCAUGUUUUUUCCUUUCAUACAGUGUCUACCACUUGGGGGGAGGGCACUUAAAUAUUAGAGGAUGGAAAGUUAAACAUUGUUGUUUUUAUGUUUUAUUAAAUAACAAUUACAGAGUAUUUGAUUUUUGUUGUCAGUGUAUUAAAGAAAUUUUUGCAUUGAUAAAUGUUCUUUAGGAAUGUGACUACAUUCAUCAGGUGUGAACUCUUGUAAAUGAAUUUUGUAUCUUGAAUCCACGUAUAUAUUAAGUGUAUCAUCAAUAUAAAAAUAAACAUUAUUUGCUUAAA